GAUGGCUAUAUGUAACCAGCCACGUGGAUAACAUUGCAUUUUCUGUUGGUGACUGAAGUUAUGGGAGUGUUUUGGGCCUUGCUUGUGUCUGUGCUGACGGUCUGGCUUACCAAAGGCUCUGGUUUGCCGGUUGGUGGCACAAAUAAAAUGAGUGGUAAUGGGCCGCAGAGGACAAUGAGAGAUAUGUCUCCUAAUGACCCCUCCAUAAAGCAGGCACUUGCGCUUCACCAUUCACAUAACUCUGUGUUGCUGCGGUCAAAAGUCAAACUGGGCGACGCGGGCACCCUCGACGGCAGCAAUGGAACUUUGGGCGACGCGGGCACCCUCGGCGGCAGCAAUGGAACUUUGGGCGACGCGGGCACCCUCGGCGGCAGCAAUGGAACUUUGGGCGACGCGGGCACCCUCGGCGGCAGCAAUGGAACUUUGGGCGACGCGGGCCCCAUCGACGGCAGCAAUGGAACUUUGGGCGACGCGGGCCCCAUCAACGGAACCCAGGGUGACGGCGGCAGCAUUGGAACUUUGGGCUACUUCACCACCACCGUGGCCGCAGCCACCCUCGGCCGCGCUGGCACCAUCAACGCGGGCACGCUCGGCCGCGCUGGCACCAUCAACGCGGGCACGCUCGGCCGCGCUGGCACCAUCAACGCGGGCACCCUCGGCCGCGCUGGCACCAUCAACGCGGGCACCCUCGGCCGCGCUGGCACCAUCAACGCGGGCACCCUCGGCCGCGCUGGCACCAUCAACGCGGGCACCCUCGGCCGCGCUGGCACCAUCAACGCGGGCACCCUCGGCCGCGCUGGCACCAUCAACGCGGGCACCCUCGGCCGUGCUGGCACCAUCAACGCGGGCACCCUCGGAUCUUAGAAUGUUUUUGCUUGUACCUACUUAAUCUCAGAUUCAAAUAAAACUGUUUCC